CAUAAUCAUGCGGAAACUAAAGGGAGCAGUUAAAGAAACAGCUAGACAAAAGCGAGAGCGGAAACAAGAGUUUGCCAAAAUGCGACAACAAAUUCAUACAGUUGUUUUGCCUACUUUCGCGGUAAUUUUUCUGUUAAUUUGCGUAUACGUGUACCUAAAAACCAGGCCGACAGCGAUGCAGUACGCGUAACAUAGGUAGCUCUAAGGUGUGUGAAAAUUGUACAUAGUAAUUAUAUAUGCCAUCAGUUUAUAUUGGUUUGAGAAAAUGUAUUUAUUAAUGUUAUAAGGUUGUGAGCCGAAGUAUAUGUAACAUAUUAACUGUGCUGAGUACUUAUUGUCACAGUAUUCCCCUACUUGUAAUUAUUGAAGUGUGCUGUAUACAUUCCACUUUAUUCGUCCACAUAUCAAUAUUAUUUUUGACAUACAAAUAUGCCAAAAUUAAUGUAAAUAAUAGAAUAAAGUUAUUAAAUUA